GUUUGUAAGAAAAGUUAAAUUAGAUAAUUCACAAAAAUUAUAAGUAAACAGGUCGGGUAUUGGGCAGAGUGAGAAAACACUUAGGAGAACUUUAUACUAGUAAUAAUAAUGAUAGUGGUAAGGAAAUGGUUGGUAGACGUGGGCAGUGUUGGCAGCAAGAGCAAUACCGCGAAAGUCCCGCGCCGCUGCUGCUCCGUGAGCACCGCUACUCGGGAUUAACAAUGUCGAAACAGGCUUCUAUUUUCACAUUCUUCUCUAAAUCCCCUGGGCAGAAUAAGAGCCAACAUAAGGGGUCACCGAAGAACACUGUCAAGUUAAAGGGGAAUGAUAUUGCAUCAAUGGACAUGGUCUGGGCAAAGUUGGAUGGGCACCCAUGGUGGCCUGCACUUGUGUGUGAGAACCCAGGGGAUAAAUCUUUCCUUCGGAAUGGUCAGAUACAUGUACAGUUUUUUGACAACCCACCUUCUCGAGGAUGGGUUAAGGAGGGGUUCGUGAAGCCAUACUGUUUACCAGGAAAAAAUGGUAUCCCAACAUACAAGGAUCCAACAUGGCUUAAGGCUAUAGAGGAAGCUAAGGGAGCAGAGCAGCUGUCCAAAGAAGAUAGGACUUUGUUACUUGUUGAGAUGCUUCCUUCAGAUGAGGAACCAAUGGAAGAUGAUGAGGAAGAUACUGAUGUAAGUAAAGAAAAUGUUGACCUUAAUAUAAGCAAGAACAAAAAUAACAGCAGUAAAAAAGCUAUGAAUGGCGAGCCCGAGACGAAGCGAAGAAGGAUAAUUCUCCAUUCAGACUCUGAAUCCGAGGAUGACUACAAGCCAGGAAAGGAUGAUGUUGAAAGUGAUGAAGAAUCACAUAGUUCUGCAGUGGAUGAAAAUGAAAUAUCAGAGCCCGAAAUUGUGUCAGACAUAGAUUCUCCUGUCAAGGCACCUUCAAAUAAGCGCAAAAAGCCAGCAGCAUCAAGUCGAUGCAAUUUGAAUUCAUCCCUUUCAUCUUCUCCAUCGACGUCAAAAACUCCGGCACGUGCGCCUUCAACUCCAAAAAUAUCUGAUGGCACCAAAUCCAAGCUAUCAUUGUUUGCUGCUAAGGAGACUCCUUCACAAGUCCAGGAAAGCUCAGAAGACUGGCCUUUCCUGAAGUAUCCUUGGUUGCAACCGGAGAACAUACGUGACCGGGAGAAGCGUUCACCUAACCAUAAGGAUUAUAAUCCAAGGACUCUUUAUGUUCCAGAAAGCUUUCUUAAUCAGCAGACUCCAGCCUUGAGACAGUGGUGGGAUAUAAAGUCUCAGCAUUAUGAUACUGUUUUGUUCUUCAAGAUGGGCAAGUUUUAUGAGCUAUUUAACAUGGAUGCCACACUGGGAGUGCAGGAGUUGGGCCUUAUUAUGAUGAAGGGAGAAAAGGCUCAUGUAGGCUUUCCAGAAAUUGCAUAUGGACGUUAUUCCUCAACUUUGAUAGACAAGGGCUAUAAAGUUGCACGAAUUGAACAGACAGAAACUCCAGAAAUGAUGGAGAAGCGUUGCAAAACUUUGAGUCGUCCAUCAAAGUUUGACCGUGUUGUGCGACGUGAAGUGUGCCAAAUUAGUAGUAAAGGAACUCGCGUGUACAGCUUCUUGGAUGGAGAAGCCUCAGAAAUCUCUACCUCCUACCUCUUGGCUCUUACUGAAAGGCCUGUCCGAGGAACUGGCGAUGGCAGCGAGUUUGGUGUUGCCUUCAUUGAUACCAGCUUAGGAAUAUUUCAUGUGGGCCAGUUCACAGAUGACCGUCAUGUGUCACGGUUGAGCACUUUAAUGGCUCAUUAUCCGCCAGCUCAGAUUCUCUUCGAACGAGGGCGACUUUCACAAAAAACACAAAAAUUAGUAAAUUCAGCCGUGCCUUCAAGUUUACGAGAGAAUCUAGCUCCAGAGAAGGAGUUCUGGACAGCCAGCAAGACCCUUAGCUUCCUUGCAGAAGGAAAUUACUUCAAAGAUAAGGAAGGCGAUUCCAAAAUAAGGUGGCCUCGAACUCUGAAAAAAAUGAUGGAUGACAGUAACUCGUUGGGCACUACAGCUUGCCCUGAGUAUGAGCUUGCGGUGUCUGCUCUUGGUGCACUCACGUAUUAUCUUAUGGACUGCUGUCUGGAGGAACAGCUACUCACAAUUCGCAAGUUUGAAGAAUACAACCCUCUUGAUGCAAUGACUCCAACGGGAGACAAGAAAAGCCCAUCUAUUCCUGCAUUCAUCAGUGGAAGGCAUCAUAUGGUGCUUGAUGGGAUGACACUUGGCAACUUAGAGGUAUUUGAGAAUACUUCAGGUGGUACUGAGGGAACUCUCUUUGACAAGUUGGACUGCUGCUCAACUCCAUUUGGGAAGAGAUUGCUUCGUAAGUGGAUUUGUGCUCCUCUCUGUAAUCCAAAAAGCAUCAGUAGCCGUUUAGAUGCUAUAGAAGAUCUGCAAAAAAAUCCUGAUGUAGUGGAGGAGGUAACAGCCCUCCUCAAGAGUUUGCCUGAUCUAGAGAGGGUUCUUGCCAGAAUCCACUCUCAGGGCUUGAACCUUAGCUCAAAGCACCCAGAUAGUAGAGCUAUAUUUUUUGAAGAUGUCAAAUAUAAUAAAAAGAAAGUGGUUGACUUUCUUUCUGGACUAAAUGGAUUUAAAACUACUCUUCAAAUUCUGAAAGCUUUUAAAGGCAUUAGCUCUACUCUCCAGUCGAGUUUGCUGCGCAAAUGUGUGACGAAAACGAAAGAUGGCGGGAAUUUUCCAAGUUUAAGUGAUGCUUUACAGUUCUUUGAUAACGCUUUUGAUCACGAAGAGGCACAGAAGGAAGGUAAGAUAAUCCCUAGCAGCGGUGUUGAUACUGAAUAUGAUGGAGCCUGCGAGCAAAUCAAGAUAACGAAAGAUAAACUUUCAGAUUAUCUCAAGGAUCAAUGCAGAUAUUUUGGUACCAAGGUAAUGUACUGGGGUAAUGAUAAGAAGAGAUAUCAACUGGAAGUGCCAGAGCAUGUAUGUAGAAAAGCUGGUAACGAAUAUGAGUUACUGAGCCAAAAGAAAGGUUAUAAGCGAUUCGGUACACCAACCACUAAAGAAUUCUUGGCAGACAUGAUUACUGCAGAGGAACACCGUGAUGCAGCGCUUAAUGAUAUUGCACGUAGGAUAUUCCAUCAAUUUGACGAACAUCAUAAGAAAUGGGAAGCAGUUGUGCAGUGUGUAUCAGUACUAGAUGUCCUGAUCUCUCUAUUACGUUAUUCUGAGGCUGCUAAUACUGUUAAACCAGAAAUCAUCAUGCCAGAAGAUAGUGUUCAGCCUUUCUUAGAGAUCAGAGAUGGCCUUCAUCCAUGCGUGACGGCAACAUUUAGCGGGGAUGAAUUUAUUCCUAACGAUUUGGUGGUGAGUGGUGACAGCAAAGAUGCUCAUUGUCCCAUGGUGCUGGUCACAGGACCAAACAUGGGUGGCAAAUCAACACUUAUGAGACAGACUGCUCUUAUAUGUCUUAUGGCCCAGUUGGGAUCAUUUGUCCCUGCAAGCUCAUGCCGACUGACACCAAUAGAUCGAGUGUUUACCAGACUUGGUGCAUCUGAUCGGAUUAUGAUGGGGGAAUCAACAUUCUUUGUUGAGCUGGCAGAGACUUCUUCCAUUAUCCAACAUGCUACCCAACAUUCACUUGUUUUAGUAGAUGAACUAGGGCGUGGUACAGCAACCUAUGAUGGUACUGCAAUAGCAUCUGCGGUAGUGGAUGCACUGGUUGAGCGUAAAUGUCGAACACUCUUUUCAACUCAUUAUCACUCCUUAGUUGAUGACUUUGCCAAUGUAAAACAUGUUUCUCUUGGUCAUAUGGCAUGUAUGGUGGAAGGGGAAAACGAAGAUGAUCCAUCACAAGAAACAAUUACUUUCCUUUACAAAUUUGCUAAAGGUGCAUGCCCAAAAUCCUAUGGGUUCAAUGCUGCACGUUUGGCUGACCUACCUGAAGAAGUUAUACGCCGGGGUAGUCAGAAAGCAUGCGACUUUGAGAAAUUCAACCUUAAAAAGCAAACUUUUUCAAAGGUAUUCAAAACAAAGUUUCAAAUGAAAAACUUAAGAGAAACUGUUCAGAAGAUUCGUAAUUUGCAGUGAGGCUCUGCAAAUUAUGCUUCAGAAAUAUUAAAUACUGUAAGUGAAUUCACUUUAGGGACCUGCAAAAUACUUUGCUAAUUCUGUAAAGGAAAAACGUGUAAAUAGAUUUAACAGAACGAGCCCAUAACAUUGUAAGGCUAGGAUGUAUAAUUGUAUGGCAUUAAGUUUAUUACAAUUAUAUUAUGAACCAACAGUGGAAAAUAUAGCACCUUUAUACUACAGAAUGUCUUAGUAAGGCAUGUUUCAGUUAAGGAUGGCACAGGUUCUUUCAGUAUUGUACUCUUAUAACAUUUUAUGAUGAAAUAAGAACGGGUUAUCAGCUAUAAAGCAUUGAAGUACAUAAUGAAUUGUGCUGGAAAAGCUGAAGUAAGAAUAACAUGAAAUUGUAGUACAGUAUUAUAUGAGGGCAGAGACAUUCGAGGAGGACAUGUUGAGGUACCUUACCCUGUGGUUAUCUUGUGAUGGUUUCGGGGCUUUGCAUCCCCGUGGUCCGGUCUUCACCCAGACCUCCUCGUUGCUGGACUGGUCAACCAGGCUGUUGGACGCGUUUGCUCGCAGCCUGACGUAUUAAUCAGUCUGGGUGAUCAGGUAUCCUUUGGAGGUGUUUAGAGAGUUCUCUUUUGAACACUGCAAGGGGUUGGUCAGUUAUACCCCUUAUGUCUAGUGGAAGCGUGUUGAACAGUCUCUAGCCUCUGAUGUUGAUAAAGAUCUCUCUGGGUACCUAUUGCAUCUUUAUUUUUCAAAGGGUGGGUAUUCUGCACAUCGUGCCAUGCUUUCUGGUCUCAUGUGGUGUUUUUUUGUGUGUGCAGGUUUGGGACCAGCCUCUCUACUAUUUUCCAAGUGUAAAUGUACAGUAUGUGGUAAGUACUGUAUGGUAUAGAGAUUGAAAUGAGAUCAUGACAGAUGGAGGUGGUAAGGCAAAAAUAAGCUGAAAUGAUGUGUGCUAAAGACAUUCCAGGAUGGUGACCAAACCACACAUCAGGAAACGAAGAAACAAUAACGUUUCGGUCCGUCAUGGACUAUUAUCAAGUCGUGUGAUAGAAGAGAGGAAAUGACAGAUAAAUAAAUAAGGUAAGAGUGUGAGAUGAGAGGUGAGGAGAAGGUAAGAAUAGAAUGAGAGGAAGAUAAGAAUAUAGUUAGAUUAAAGGUAAGAGAAAGGGGCAAAACUCAAGUCAGAUCAGGUUUGUUAAGAAGGCUGGAGUAUCUAAGAAUGUACUGUGAAAGGGAAGAGUCAACAGCAACAAAGCCAGGACUAAGGUUCAUGUUGGGCAUGCUGUGUAUCAGAGCCGAUUCAUCAAGACUGCUCUGAUACACAACAUGCCCAACAUGAACCUUAGUCCUGGCUUUGUUGCUGUUGACCCUUUCCCUUCACAGUACAUACAGUACUUAAAUACUCCAGCCUUCUUAACAAACAUGAUCUGACUUAAGGUUUGCCAAUUUCUCUUUUUAGUACCACAUUUUAUUCUUUUCCCAUUAUUAUUACCCCUCCACUUUCCUCUCUUCUAUCACGAUUUGAUAAUCAUCCAGGAUGAACCAAAAUGUCAUUUCUUAGUUUUUCUGAGGUGUAGUUUUAGGGAAACAUUUGUUUGCAAUGCUCAAUAAAGGAGACUAUCAAGAUCAAAUCUCCCUUCUAAGUGAUUAAUUCAAUUGUUAGUUUCCAGUUCCUACAGAAGAUAGAAUGAGCUACAUGCAUGAUUUUUCUUGGAAUGAGCUAGUACAUGAAGACCAAACCACACACCAGAAGAUGGAGAACUGAUGUUUCGGUCCAUCCUGGACCAUUAUCAGGUUGUACGAAUCCAGGACCGGCCAAAACGUCAUCGUUUCUUCUUCUUUUGAUGUAUGGUUUGGUCAUCAUAUCUUCAGCCACGUUGUUGUUACUCGUCGUCUGCAGCUAUUACAUGAUUUUUGACAAUUGUACAGAAUGUGUGCUUGCCUGCUUCUAGAACGAGAGAUGUGCACACAAAUCGUUCUCUAAGUACCACGAGCAAGGAUGGUGAGUGACUACAAACAGUAGGGAAAAUUAACUUUCUGUUAAGAAAGGGGAUAUGAAAACAAAAAUGCCAUUUAGUAUAAUUAAAUCUGUGCUGUAUAUGCAAUAUAGACAAUUUAAAGUAAUUCAUAUUAUUUAUGUGUUCCAGUACUGUUGUAUAGAUGUUUGCAUGCUUAUGUAACUCAUUUAUAACUGCAUGUUAUAGUUAAUCCUUAGUUAUGAUGUUAAACUAACGUUCUCGGGUAUUAAAUUCUUCAGUACAAUACUGCAUUAACCUUUUAAGACCUGCCAUAUUCUUUGUUGUGACCAUCUAAUUUAAUUGCCAACUUAAGGUGUAUUAAAAAUUUAUUGAGAAUUAUAGAAAAAAAUUGUCUGUAAUGAAAGUAUUUCUCUGAAGGUAAUGUGAAUUUACAGAUUAUAAAAAGUUAUAAAUUGACCAUU